GGAGCGGCCGCGCCGCGCGCCGUCGACGCCCCGCCACGUCCACAGGAAAGGGGCGGCCGCCGCUGCCAGGUGGUCCCCACAUUUUAUCCUGCGACUGCGAGCUCCGAGGCCUCGGACUCCGCACCCGCACCACCACCACUCCCAUCGCUCUCCCGAAUCCCCCCCAUCCGAGCCAAACCCCCCUGCUCCAUUAAAUUCAUAGACCACCAUAGUCACACGUCUCACGCACACGCUCGGCAGCCAUGGGCACGUCGGGCUCCAAGGGGCUGGACGGCGUCGGGGGGCUCGGCGCGGCGGCGCUCGCCGGCGGCAGCGGGGGCGGAAUGGGCGGGGACGAGGGCGACGGCGACGGCGCCGUGACGGGGUCGUGGCACGGCGGCGCGCAGCUCUACGUGUCGCUCAAGAUGGAGAACGCGCGGAUCAUCGGCGACCUCGUGCCGCACGUCUACGGCUCCGAGCCCAUCAUCGGCUCAUGGGAGCCCGCCCGCGCCCUCGCGAUGGAGAGGGAGCUGGCGUCCAUGUGGGAGCUCAGCUUCGUCGUGCCGCCGGACCAUGAAACACUCGACUUCAAAUUCUUGCUCAAGCCCAAGGAUGCAGAGACCCCUUGCAUCAUUGAGGAAGGGCCAACGCGGCUUCUCACCGGGGGCAUGCUCGAGGGUGAUGUGAGGCUUGCAAACUUCAGGCUUAACGGAGAUGAUGAGUUGCUUGAGUUCAGGGUUUUCAACAAGGCCGACAUCGUGUCUCCGCUUGAUCUUGCCGCGAGCUGGAGGGUAUACAAAGAAAAUUUCCAGCCUUCCAAGGUCCGGGGAAUUCCUGAUAUCAGUAUAAAUGAAGCACCCACUCAUGCGACCGAGGAUGGAUCUGGUUCUAGUUUGGAGCUUGACUUAGAGCAUUAUGUUGUUCCAACGCCAACUGCACCACCAACUGAAUAUGCAGCAAACCUUGCUGCAACCCCAGCAUCCUUAGAUCAGCCUGAAACACCGUGGACAAAUGAUAUGCUUCUUAGUGAUGGCAUUCAGAGUCCAAGAAGUGCUGCUGCAGAUUUUAAAGAUGAUAGUUACCAUAAUAAGGAUACUGAGGCUUCAAUAGCAGAUUCUUCUAAUUCUAAGAAGUUACAAGUUUCUGGAAUGGUAGAGUCAAAAUCAGUUGGUACCUUAAUACAACUGCAAAAGAAGGACAGGCCACAAGGGCUAUACGUUGACAGGGGUGUUGUCUCUCCUAAGCUUGGAAAAUCAUUUAGUGCAUGUUCCCUGGCAUCUGGCCUUAAUUUUGGAUCAACAAAGGCCAUGCCAGAAGCAGCCGGAGCUGUUGCAGCUGCAGCUGUAGCUGAUAGGUUGCACGGAUCAAAGGAGGACCGGAAACUGGCUAUUGUUCUGGUUGGCCUACCAGCUCGUGGGAAAACCUUCACCGCAGUUAAGCUUACAAGGUACCUUCGUUGGCUAGGUCAUGAAACAAAACAUUUCAACGUUGGAAAGUACCGCCGUCUGAAGCAUGGAGCGAAUCAGUCUGCAGAUUUUUUCCGCCCUGAUAACCAAGAGGGGAUCGAGGCACGUAAUGAGGUGGCUGCUUUAGCAAUGGAAGACAUGAUAGACUGGAUGCACGGAGGAGGUCAGGUUGGUAUAUUUGAUGCAACAAACAGCACAAGGAAAAGAAGAUAUAUGCUAAUGAAGAUGGCUGAAGGGAACUGCAAGAUAAUAUUUCUGGAGACAAUAUGUAAUGAUCGAAACAUAAUCGAAAGGAAUGUGCGCCUGAAAAUUCAGCAAAGCCCUGAUUAUGCUGACCAGCCAGAUUAUGAAGCUGGAUUGCAGGACUUCCUUGAACGUUUGACAAAUUAUGAAAAGGUCUACGAGCCAGUGCAGGAAGGCUCAUAUAUCAAAAUGAUUGAUAUGGUAAAAGGGGAGGGUGGCCAGUUACAGGUGAACAAUAUCAGUGGCUAUCUCCCUGGGCGUAUUGUCUUUUUCUUGGUGAAUUCUCAUCUUGCUCCUCGGCCUAUUUUGCUUACCAGGCAUGGUGAGAGUUUACACAAUGUUAGAGGAAGAGUUGGUGGUGACACGGUGCUAAGUGAAGACGGAGAGCUUUACUCAAAGAAACUAGCCAACUUUAUUGAAAAGCGCCUCAAAAAUGAGAAAACUGCAACUAUUUGGACUAGCACUCUACAGAGAACAAUUUUGACAGCAACUCCAAUUGUUGGAUUCCCAAAGAUACAAUGGCGUGCUCUUGAUGAGAUCAAUUCUGGUGUAUGUGAUGGGAUGACGUAUGAAGAGAUAAAGAAAAUUAUGCCUGAGGAAUAUGAGUCACGUAAGAAGGACAAGCUGCGUUAUCGGUACCCGCGUGGGGAGUCUUACCUUGACGUGAUUCAGAGGUUAAACAAUCUGCUGAAUUAUUCAGAAUGCUGUGUAGUAUUACUGGACUUUACAAAACAUAAAACUGGGGGGGAUCAGUUCUGUUAUUACCUCCAUCCUAACCAACGUGCUACACUGGUAACAAUCCUCAGGUUGGAGCCUGUUAUCAUCGAGCUCGAACGCCAGCGAGCACCAGUGGUCGUUAUAUCCCACCAGGCCGUAUUGCGAGCGCUGUACUCGUAUUUUGCCGACAGGCCUUUGAGGGAAGUUCCAGACAUGGAGAUGCCACUCCAUACCAUAAUCGAGAUACAAAUGGGCGUCACCGGUGUCGAGGAGAAGAGGUACAAGCUCAUGGAUUGAGAAUCUGAGAUACAGGUAGGCUCAGCACAACAGCAAGUUCCGGACUGGCUGCUCCAGAUACAACCAUACAGACAGUAUAUACAUACAGUUAACUCAAUACAGUAACCAGCUAUUCAUCUCUCCUCUCCGGACGGCGUGAAAGUAAAACUAACCCCUCCGGUGUAAAAUAUUCGACCGAAAACACCUACUGGUCAUUGUAAAAAAACAUAUAGUACUAGUACCGCUAAUAAGGAACUGUAAAAAGAUACUGUACCAGAAGAUGUAACUGCUGGUAAUGAUAAGAAAAAUGCAGAUUCAUCUGGGAA